UGAUGUGUAUGGCCUAAAGGGUAAAACUGGAACCACAAUUAGUCACAGUUGCUCUGUUAAUGCCGUCAUGUUCAUGGCCUUAAAUUUAUAACUACUCUUACAAGGACACAUUUCAGACAACACUUUUUUCCUCAAUGGCUGCAGCUCUACCAUUUGAUGAUCAUGGGAUAUCAGCAAGUAGUCAUCAUAGUACAUUGUCGAACAGUUUCCGAGAAAUGUGGCAACCUCAGUCUGAUGUUUUCAGCCAGAGUAGUUUUCGGAUGGACGACGAAGAAGAGCUGAGGUGGGCAGCUAUUGAGAGGCUUCCUACGUUCGAAAGACUGAGGAAAGGUGUCAUGAAGAAAGUUCUUGAUGAUGGAACAAUUGUUUCGAAAGAAAUAGAUGUCACUUGUAUUGGAUAUAGUGCUAGAAAACAGUUGAUGAAUAGCUUCUUGAAAAUUGUGGAAGAGGAUAAUGAGAAGUUUCUUAGGAGAUUAAGGCAUAGGAUUGACAGGGUUGGGAUAGACAUACCGAAAAUCGAAGUGCAGUUUGAUCAUCUAUCGGUGGAGGGAGAAGUGCAUAGUGGAAGCAGAGCUCUUCCUACUUUGCUCAACUCUACUUUGAAUGCAAUUGAGAGCGUUCUUGGACUGAUUGGACUUGCCGCAACUAAGAAACAAAAAAUUGACAUUCUUCAAGAUGUUAGCGGCAAAGUGAAGCCCUCGAGGAUGACCUUGCUAUUAGGCCCGCCUGGAGCUGGUAAAACAACACUGUUGCUAGCACUUGCAGGGAAGCUUGACUCUGAGCUAUGUGUAUCAGGAAGAGUUACCUAUUGUGGCCAUGAACUAGAUGAAUUUGUGCCAGAGAGGACAUGUGCAUAUAUAGGUCAGACUGAUGUACAUCAUGGUGAGAUGACGGUAAGAGAGACACUGGAUUUUUCAGGACGGUGUUUGGGUGUUGGAACAAGAUAUGAACUGCUUUUAGAACUCUCAAAGCGAGAAAGAGAGGCAAAUAUCAAACCUGAUCCUGAGAUAGAUACAUUUAUGAAGGCCACAGCAGUCGCAGGGCAAAAGACUAGUUUAAUCACAGAUUAUGUUCUAAAGAUGCUUGGUUUAGAUAUUUGUGCGGAUAUCAUGGUUGGUGAUGACAUGAGAAGGGGAAUUUCCGGCGGUCAAAAAAAACGUGCAACCACUGGAGAAAUGCUGGUUGGACCAGCAAAAGCUUUUUGUAUGGAUGAAAUAUCCACAGGAUUAGAUAGUUCUACCACAUAUCAGAUUGUCAAAUUCUUAAGGCAGAUGGUUCACAUAAUGGAUGUUACCAUGGUUAUUUCUCUUCUACAACCUGCCCCAGAGACCUACAAUCUUUUUGAUGAUGUCAUAUUGCUCUCAGAAGGUCGAAUUGUUUAUCAAGGUCCACGUGAAAAUGUUCUUGAGUUCUUUGAAUUCAUGGGCUUUAGGUGCCCGGAGAGGAAAGGAGUUGCAGAUUUUCUCCAAGAAGUGACUUCUAGAAAAGAUCAAGAGCAAUAUUGGUUAAGAAAGGAUCAACCUUUCAGAUAUAUAUCAAGCUCUGAGUUUGCCGAGGCAUUCUAUCAAUUUCAUAUAGGUGAACAACUUGCAUCAGAUCUUAGUGUGCCUUAUAUUAAGUCCAAGAACCACCCGACUGCAUUGGCUACGAAAAAAUAUGGGAUCUCCAAUAUGGAACUGUUUAAGGCUUGCUUCGCAAGGGAGUGGAUGUUGAUGAAGCGUAAUUCUUUUAUACACAUAUUCAAAAUCACACAGAUCACAAUUAUGGGUUUAAUAGCCAUGACUGUGUUUUUUAGGACAGAGAUGCCAUCAGGAACUUUGGCAGAUGGUGGCAAAUUUUUCGGAGCCCUUUUUUUCAGUCUAAUUAAUGUGAUGUUUAAUGGGAUGGCAGAGCUUGCAAUGACUGUUUUGAGAUUGCCUGUCUUCUUUAAGCAAAGGGAUUUCUUGUUUUAUCCAUCAUGGGCUUUUGCUUUACCUAUUUCAAUCCUCACGAUCCCCGUAUCUCUUAUGGAAUCGGCAAUAUGGAUAAUUCUCACCUACUACACCAUUGGAUUUGCUCCUGGUGCCAGCAGGUUCUUCAUGCAGUUUUUGGCUUUCUUUGGUAUACAUCAGAUGGCCCUCUCCCUCUUCCGGUUCAUUGCUGUGGUAGGUAGAACACCAAUUGUUGCAAACACAUUGGGUUCCUUCACCUUGCUUUUGGUUUUUGUUCUUGGAGGAUUCGUGAUCUCUAAAAAUGACCUUAAACCUUGGAUGAAAUGGGGAAUUUAUGCUUCUCCAAUGAUGUAUGGUCAGAACGCCAUUGUAAUGAAUGAGUUUCUUGACAAAAGAUGGAGUUCCCCAAAUAUAGAUCUCCGAAUCGAUGAGCCAACUGUAGGCAAAGUACUUCUUAGAUCCAGAGGUUUCUUCACAGAAGAAUACUGGUUUUGGAUUUGUGUUGGAGCACUUUUUGGAUUUUCCCUUCUCUUUAAUGUUUUAUUUAUUGCAGCACUUGCUUUCUUGAACCCAUUUUCGGGUGAUUCAAAAGCUGUAGGCGAGGUUGAACAUAGCAAGAAAAUGUCCUCAACUAAGAAAUCUGAAGUAAUUACAGGUACCAGCACAGACUUGAUGAGCACUUCAAGUUGUCAAAGCUCAACAGUAUAUAUCUUGGACAAAACUUCAAAAAAAGGAAUGAUUUUGCCCUACAAACCACUUUCGCUUGCUUUCAGUCAUGUCAACUACUAUGUCGAUAUGCCUGCUGAAAUGAAGACUCGAGGGGUUAAAGAAGAACGCCUCCAACUGCUGCAAGACAUUAGCGGUUCUUUUAGACCCGGGGUACUGACAGCAUUAGUAGGUGUUAGUGGCGCAGGAAAGACAACCUUGAUGGAUGUGCUAGCUGGGAGAAAAACUGGAGGAUACAUUGAAGGGAGUAUCUACAUCUCUGGUUACCCAAAGAACCAAGAAACAUUUACUCGAGUUUGUGGCUACUGUGAACAAAACGAUAUUCAUUCACCAAAUGUCACUGUUUAUGAAUCACUUCUAUAUUCUGCUUGGCUCCGUCUGUCUUCGGAUGUGACAACAAAAAUAAGAAAGGCAUUCGUUGAAGAAAUAAUGGACUUGGUUGAGCUUGAUCCAAUUAGACAUGCCAUUGUCGGGCUUCCAGGUGUAGGUGGCCUUUCAACAGAACAAAGGAAGAGGCUAACUAUAGCUGUUGAGUUGGUUGCUAAUCCAUCUAUAAUCUUCAUGGAUGAACCCACUUCAGGACUUGAUGCUAGAGCUGCCGCCAUUGUUAUGCGUACUGUGAGAAAUACUGUGGACACAGGAAGAACCGUAGUGUGCACAAUUCACCAACCAGGCAUAGAUAUAUUUGAAUCUUUUGACGAGUUGCUUCUGAUGAAAAAAGGAGGGCAAGUCAUUUAUGCAGGGCCUCUAGGUGUCCAAUCUCAGACACUAAUAGAAUACCUUGAGGCUGUCUCUGGCGUUCCUAAAAUUCAGAAAGGGUACAAUCCUGCUACAUGGAUGUUGGAAGUAACUGCUGAUUCAGUUGAGGCCCAACUGGACAUUGAUUUUGCUGAGAUCUAUGCAAAGUCGUCGCUAUAUCAUACAAAUCAGAAACUUAUUGAAGAACUCAGCAAGCCGCCACCUGGCUCACAGGAUCUAUCUUUCCCAACCAAGUACUCCCAACCAUUUAUUACCCAAUGCAGAGCGUGUUUCUGGAAACAGCAUUGGUCUUACUGGAGGAGCCCAGAAUAUAAUACUAUUCGUUUGUUCUUGACAGUUUUCAUCGGUCUUGCAUUUGGUGUUAUUUUCUGGGAUACGGGUAACAAGAUAGAAAAACAGCAAGAUCUACUGAAUCUCUUGGGCGCCAUGUAUGCAGCAGUUCUUUUCCUUGGAGCCACCAAUGCCUCUGCGGUGCAGGCUGUGGUUGCUAUUGAACGAACUGUUUUCUAUCGUGAAAGGGCAGCUGGGAUGUAUUCCGAAUUCCCUUAUGCCUUUGCUCAGGUGGCUAUAGAAACAGUCUAUGUCGCGAUUCAAACAGGCAUAUACUCUUUUCUUCUAUACUCAAUGAUGGGAUUUGAGUGGAAAGCAGCCAAUUUCUUUCUGUUCUACUACUUCAUAUUCAUGUGCUUUCUUUACUUCACCAUGUACGGGAUGAUGGUUGUUGCCUUAACUCCUGGCGUGCAAAUUGCUGCAAUUGUCAUGUCGUUCUUCCUGUCCUUCUGGAACUUGUUCUCCGGCUUCCUCAUUCCUAGACCGCUAAUUCCAAUAUGGUGGAGAUGGUACUACUGGGCAUCCCCUAUAGCUUGGACAAUCUACGGGCUCGUGGUAUCUCAAAUAGGCGAUAAAGACUCAGCUCUCGAGGUGCCUGGAGCUACUAACGUGACACUCAAGGCGUAUCUCAAAGAAAACUUGGGAUAUGACCAUAAUUUCAUCCCGGUGAUCAUUGUAGCACAUAUUGGUUGGGUUCUUCUCUUUCUUUUUGUGUUUGCUUAUGGCAUUAAGUUCCUCAACUACCAAAGAAGAUGACCAUCUUUCCUGCUAGUCUCUGAUCCUCAGAGAUUCUGAUGAAACAAGUUUUUGCUGUCUGUCUAUGACAAAGUUCAAGAAAAUAUUUCAGAGGCUCAUGACAAGCACAGGGGAAACAUUUACAUAAUGUUAUUCUUUUUAGAUUUUCGAAAUGUAGAAUCCAGUUAGAAUUGGA